AUGUCAGCCCUGGCAGGAACGGACGGGUUGGGAUCAGGGCUGGGAGGGAGCAGCGAGCUGUUGUGUCUCUGCAGCCUGGUGCAUGGAGACCUGCCAGCCUGUUAGGCAGAUGAAGCUCCACUCCAUCAGGCCUCCCCAGGGGUGUCAGGAGACAUGGGGGAGGGGUAUACCAUGUGUGGGUCACUGUAGCGGAGUAAUGUGUGUGUGUGUGUGAUCUCUCCAUAGUUCAGGAGGACAGAUGGAAGGUCCCUUCUGGGUCAGUAACUUGUCAAAGUAGAGUUAUGGGUGAUGAGUUAUGUAUUGAUUUUAUUAUAUCAAACUGAGAUACAACUAUGGCUUGCCACCUGUUUUAAUGUAGUGUAAUACAUUCCUUUCAGGGGGGCGUUUGGUACUUGCCCAACAUUAAAGGGAUAGCUCAGCUAUUCUACAUAUUACAUAUUUGUUUUCUUACCUUGAAAGCAAUCUAUGGACAAGGGAGUGAAUGCAAUCCAUACUUUGUGAUUUAUUUAAACUACCCACCGUCAUCCCAAUUCCCCAUGUAGCCCCUAAGUCACUAUGUGGAGAUGUACCAGAACAGAACACCUGUAACUACUAACCAGCCACAUUAAUGAUGUGUUAUUAUUGUAAUGUUGUUGUGCUUGGCGGUGCCUCAGUGGUCCUCAAGGCUGCAGUUAACAGGACUGACAGAGGACAUGUUCCACGCUGGAAAUAAUAAGGGAAAGGAGAGUGAUUCAUGUGGUUUGAUUACGAAUGCUUUUCAAAGGGACACUCACUGGUUCUGGCCUCUGAACGUUCAGUGUGAGUGUUCAGUGUGAGUGUGUGUGUGUGUUCAGUGUGUGCGUGUGUGUGUGUGUCUGUGUGUGUUCAGUGUGUGUGUGUUCAGUGUGUGUGUGUUCAGUGUGUGUGUGUUCAGUGUGUGUGUUCAGUGUGUUCGUUCAGUGUGUGUGUGUGUUCAGUGUGUGUGCGUUGACAUAAUUUGCGAUUUGAUGGCUGACGCCAGUUUACUUGUCUUCUGUGGAGAUGUUCACUGUGUCAGUCAGAGAGGAACACACACGCACCCAAACAGAUUGAGGGGAAAGACUAACACCAUCUAGGAUGCUUGUCAAAAAUGUUUCCAGUUGACAAAAACUUGUACUGUAGGCUACAUUCAUUUGAAAACAAAGAUAUUAUAACGCAGUGACAUUAGUAAAGCAAUGGUUCUACAGCUUUUUUGCUACAUAUACAGUGCAUUCGGAAAGUAUUCACACCCCUUGACUUUUUCCACAUUUUGUUACGUUACAGCCUUAUUCUAAAAUUGAUUAAAUCGUUUUUUCCCCUCAUCAAUCUACACACAAUACCCCAUAAUGACGAAGCAAAAACAGGUUUUUAGACAUAUUUGCAAAUGUAUAAAAAAAGAGCCCGGAAAAAUAACAUUUACAUAAGUAUUCAGACUCUUUACUCAGUACUUUGUUGAAGCACCGUUGGCAGCGAUUACAGCCUCAAGUCUUUGGUAUGACGCUACAAGCUUGGCACACCUACAUUUGGGGAGUUUCUCCCAUUCUUCUCUGCAGAUCCUCUCAAGCUCUGUCAGGUUGGAUGGGGAGUGUCGCUGCACAGCUAUUUUCAGGUCUCUCCAGAGAUGUUCGAUUGGGUUCAAGUCCGGGCUCUGGCUGGGCCACUCAAGGACAUUCAGAGACUUGUCCCGAAGCCACUCCUGCAUUGUCUUGGCUGUGUGCUAAGGGUCGUUGUCCUGUUGGAAGGUGAACCUUCACCCCAGUCUGAGGUCCUGAGCGCUCUGGAGCAGGUUUUCAUCAAAGAUCUCCCUGUACUUUGCUCCGUUCAUCUUUCCCUCGAUCUUGACUAGUCUCCCAGUCCCUGCCGCUAAAAAACAUCCCCACAACAUGAUGCUGCCACCACCAUGCUUCACCGUAGGGAUGGUGCCAGGUUUCCUCCAGAUGUGAUGCUUGGCAUUCAGGCCAAAGAGUUCAAUCUUGGUUUCAUCAGACCAGAGAAUGUUGUUUGUCAUGGUCUGAUAGUUUUUAGGUGCCUUUUGGCAAACUCCAAGCGGGCUGUAAUGUGCCUUUUACUGAGGAGUGGCUUCCGUCUGGCCACUCUACCAUAAAGGCCUGAUUGGUGGAGUGCUGCAGAGAUGGUUGUCCUUCUGGAAGGUUCUCCCAUCUCCAAAGAGGAACUCUGGAGCUCUGUCAGAGUGACCAUCGGUUUCUUGGUCACCUCCCUGACCAAGGCCCUUCUCCCCCGAUUGCUCAGUUUGGCCGGUUGGCCAGCUCUAGGAAGAGUCUUGGUGGUUCCAAACUUCUUCCAUUUAAGAAUGACGGAGGCCACUGUGUUCUUAGGGACUUUCAAUGCUGCAGAUGUGUUUUGGUACCCUUCCCCAGAUCUGUGCCUCGACACAAUCCUGUCUCUGAGCUCUACGGCCAAUUCCUUCGACCUCAUGGCUUGGUUUUUCUUUGACAUGCACUGUCAACUGUGGGACCUUAUUUAGACAGGUGUGUGCCUUUCCAAAUCAUGUCCAAUCAAAUUAAUUUACCACGGGUGGACAGGAAUUAAAAUAAUUUUAUCAAUUUUAGAAUAAGGCUGUAACGUAAUACAAUGUGGAAAAGUCAAGGGGUCUGAAUACUUUCCGAAUGCACUUUACAUAUACAUUUUACAUAUUAUUAUUGAACAAACAUAUAAAUAUAACAUGCAACAAUUUCAACGGUUUUACUGAGUUACAGUUCAUAUAAGGAAAUCAGUCAAUUGAAAUGAAUGAAUUAGGCCCUGAUCUAUGGAUUUCACAUGACUGGGCAGGGGUGCACCUCCCACUGGGGAGCCUGGCCCACCCACUUGGGAGCCAGGGCCAGCCAAUCAGAAUGUGUUUUUCCCCACAAAAGGGCUUUAUUACAGACAGAAAUACUCCUCAGUUUCAUCAGCUGUCCGGGUGGCUGGUCUCAGACGAUCCCGCAGGUGAAGAAGCCGGAUAUGGAGGUCGUGGGCUGGCGUGGUUACACGUGGUCUGCGGUUGUGAGGCCGGUUGGACGUACUGCCAAAUUCUCUAAAACGAUGUUGGAGGCGGCUUAUGGUAGAGAAAUGAUAAUUCAGUUAAUUUGUGGAAUUAAUUUCCUUCUUAAUGUGUUUGAGCCAAUCAGUUGUGUUGUGACAAGGUAGGGGGGGUAUACAGAAGAUAGCCCUAUCUGGUAAAAGACCAAGUCCAUAUUAUGGCAAGAACAGCUCAAAUAAGCAAAGAGCAAUUUCAGUCCAUCAUUACUUUAAGACAUGAAGGUCAGUUUUUGCGACUGCACUUGAAGAAAAGUUCUUGAAAUAUUCCGUAUUGACUGACCUUCAUGUCUUAAAGUAAUGAUGGACUGAAAUUGCUCUUUGCUUAUUUGAGCUGUUCUUGCCAUAAUAUGGACUUGGUCUUUUACCAGAUAGGGCUAUCUUCUGUAUACCCCCCCUACCUUGUCACAACACAACUGAUUGGCUCAAACACAUUAAGAAGGAAAUUAAUUCCACAAAUUAACUUUUAACAAGGCACACACCUGUUAAUUGAAAUGCAUUCCAGGUGACUACCUCAUGUAAGCUGGUUGAGAGAAUGCCAAGAGUGUGCAAAGCUGUCAUCAAAGCAAAGGGUGGCUAUUUGAGAAUCGCAAAUAUAAAAUUAUUUUGAUUUGUUAAACUUCUUUUUGGUUACUACAUGUCCAUAUGUAUAUUUAAUAAUUUUGAUGUCUUCACUAUUAUCUACAAUGUAGAAAAAAUAGUAAAAAUAAAGAAAAACCAUUGAAUGCGUAGGUUUUGUGUCCAAACUUUUGACUGGUACUUGUACAUGCAUACAUAAAACUAGUUAUUUUGGGCCUCCGAAGGGGGGGGGGGGGGGGGAAUAUAAUAAGAAAAAUAAGAAAAAUAACAAGAAAAAAGCAAUGCUUCUAUGUUGAUCAUUAAUUUAAAGGUAGAUUCAACUGAUGCAACAAUAAGAGUGAGGUGUGAGGCCAAUUUUACAACUUUACAAUUUGAUAAGAAUGAAUGAUAUACAAUUUCACAAGUUGCGAAUACCGCUCAAUCUGAUCAUGAAUCUGACUUUAAAAGUUAGAAAUGUUUGUAUUUGAGCUAACCCUAACCCUUUUCCAAAGCUGCUAUGUUAAUUCUCCUAACCUGCUGCAUAAGUUAUCCUAACUUGCUACGUAAGUUCUACUAACCUUUUAUGAAAAUUCAAUUUUGACAUAAACUGUGUACUAUCAAGUCAAAACAAUUUACCACUGGUUCAGCGGAAAUGAGUUCCCCGGAAGAGGAAUGACAGAGCGAGUGUUUCGUGGUCUCACCUGAUUGGUUUAGGCUGACAACGUUUGAACCAAUGAGAGGCAGACAUCUGUUCACUCGAGCAAUUCCGAAAUCGCUUUCCCUUCCUUGUGUCAUUCAAUGAAAUCACAAGACAUUUCCUUCAAGAGUCUCUUUUGAAGACAACGUUGAAGCUUGAGGCAGUCAAAAUGCAGGCCUUGGGAUCAUUCGCGAUAAUUCUGUCCAUACUUUCUGUGCAUGCUACCGUUUACUUUCAAGAACAAUUCCUUGAUGGAGGUAAGUUCGUUUUAUUUCUCAUUCCACCCUCGUCUAGAAACGUUAGCUAGCUAACCUACUUACUCAGGCCAUGCACGAGUUUCAAAGAUGGACCUGUAAAUGUGAUGUCACACUGCCUUCUCUUCAAUUUAACUUUAUACUGCAGAUUUUGUUGCAAAUUGAUUACUCCCAUGUUAAUGCUAGUUAUAUUGCUACACAUUGAAAGAAUGUGGAGAAGUUAGCUUUGACAAUGUAACAUUUGCAGACUUACUUAACUAACUAGUUAGCUAACUACAGUCACGUUAGCUUAGUUGUCUAGUUAGGUCUAUUCAGCCAGUGGUCUAUUCAGCCAGAUUCAUGGGCUCCAUUUGUAACGUUUUACUCACUAUAACUAAUCAUCAAGACGAUUGUAACAUUUGUUUUUGUGUAUGUCAUCAGAGAAGUGGCUAGUGACACCUUUAAUCAAAACUGAAAGGAAUAGUGUUUUUGCACCUAUCAGAUAGUCUGUACUGUACAAUUACUGUGUUUGAGAUGGAGAAGGCCUUAUAUGCCAUAUUAUACACUGUAAGGUGAUAUCAGUCACUGUGCUCUUCAUUUUUGAGGAUUCUGACAGUUCAUUGUUUGGUGUAUCUUUCAGCAGAUGCCUGGAAGACUCGCUGGCUGGACUCCAAGCACAAGGCAGACUAUGGAGAGUGGAAACUGACAGCUGGUAACUUCUAUGGAGAUGCUGAGAAGGACAAAGGUUAGUUCCUGAUUGGCCCCUGGGUCGCUGACCUUACUAGGUCAGUUUCCUUAUUGCCUGCUGGGUCAGUUUCCUUAUUGCCUGCUGGGUCAGUUUCCAUAUUGCCUGCUGGGUCAGUUUCCUUAUUGCCUGCUGGGUCAGUUUCCUUAUUGCCUGCUGGGUCAGUUUUCUUAUUGCCUGCUGGGUCAGUUUCCUUAUUGCCUGCUGGGUCAGUUUCCUUAUUGCCUGCUGGGUCAGUUUUCUUAUUGCCUGCUGGGUCAGUUUCCUUAUUGCCUGCUGGGUCAGUUUUCUUAUUGCCUGCUGGGUCAGUUUCCUUAUUGCCUGCUGGGUCAGUUUCCUUAUUGCCUGCUGGGUCAGUUUCCUUAUUGCCUGCUGGGUCAGUUUCCUUAUUGCCUGCUGGGUCAGUUUCCUUAUUGCCUGCUGGGUCAGUUUCCAUAUUGCCUGCUGGGUCAGUUUCCAUAUUGCCUGCUGGGUCAGUUUCCAUAUUGCCUGCUGGGUCAGUUUCCUUAUUGCCUGCUGGGUCAGUUUCCUUAUUGCCUGCUGGGGUUGGGGUCAAUUUAGGAAGUAAUCUGAAAUUACAAUUAUGCUCAGUGCUUUUCAAUGUACUUCAGUUUACUUCCUGAGUUGAUGGAAUUUACCACAAUCCUGCGACCUGCUGUAUGGCUGAGGUCAAUGAACUUGUUCUGUUAUCUGGGAUACUGAUAAUUGCUGUUAGGGUGUAUUGCGACUUUGGUGUCAUUAUGACUGUGAUACAGUGAGUAUUAAUCAGUGUUCAUCAUGCGUCGCUCUGGCUGUGUCCCCAGGUCUCCAGACCAGCCAGGACGCCCAUUUCUAUGCCGCUUCGGCCCGCUUCCAGCCCUUCAGCAACGAGGGAAAGACUCUGGUGAUCCAGUUCACUGUGAAACACGAGCAGAAAAUCGACUGUGGCGGUGGUUACGUUAAGGUGUUCCCCUCCACCCUGAACCAGGCUGAGAUGCACGGAGACUCCCAGUACUACAUCAUGUUCGGUAGGUACUCUGUCUGGUCUUAUGGGCAGGACCCUGGGGUGCGUUCAUUAGUGCACAUCAUAGAAAACUGUAGCCAAACAUUUUGCAACAUAAACAAGCAUUUCUAUUGGACAUAUUCAGGUAGGUCCCGCCCCAUUUUGUCCCAUUUGCUUCCGUUUGGUUAGUGAAUACACACCGGUGUUUUUCCUGACUUGGAACACGUUGUGACAUGCCAGGGAAAACUCUGGGUGCUUGUUGUAGCCUAUGAGUAGGUUUAUUUCCUGGUCUGACUACCUUGGGCAGGAACAUCAGGACUGUUGUGUGUGACAAUGACUCAUUUAUAUAGAAAAGCUUGGUGGUGAUUGGAUGGAAGGUUUGGAUGCAAGGCCUAUAGUGCUACUUUGCUCAUAUUCUGUCCUGAAACCUGUACAGGGCCCUGACAUCUGUGGCUACAGCACCAAGAAGGUCCACGUCAUCUUCAACUACAAGGGCAAGAAUCAUCUCAUCAAGAAGGAAGUCAAGUGCAAGGUAAGGUGCUCAUUUUGAGUCUUCUGGCCUCUGGGAAAAGUCCAUAACAUGAUUACCAUCUCUCUCCCCGUCUGACUCCUCUCUCACACACCUACUUUAACCUAAGCGAUCUCUCUCCCCCUCUUCAGGAUGAUGAGCUGACCCACCUGUACACACUGAUCCUGAACCCAAACCAGACCUACGAGGUGAAGAUUGAUAACGAGAAGGUGGAGUCAGGCACUCUGGAGGAGGACUGGGACUUCCUGCCAGCUAAGACCAUCAAGGACCCUGAGGCCAAGAAGCCCGAGGACUGGGACGACCGCCCCAAGAUGGACGACGCUGAAGACACCAAGCCAGAGGUACAACCGCUGUCUUUAAACACCACUAGGCACCAAACCUAUUCGGAUCAAAUCCAACUUUAUUUAAACUGCAUUUAGAUCAUAUGAAUAUACUUUACUGUAAAAUACACCCAGUAAAAGAAAGUAGAGGACGGAUGCCUCAUUAUUACUAUAGUCAGUGCUUGACUUGGGCAGGAGCUAACCGGAGUUGAUUACAGGCACCUCAAAUGUUCUACUGCUUGAGCUCCUGUUCCUCUCAUAGAAUAUUAGCUCAAAAGUAUUGUGGAGCUCCUGCACCUAAAUAUAAACAGUACCAGUGACCAAACUGAGUACCAACACCUAUUUUACUCCAAGUCUAUAGUAUUACUGUUUGACCAUGAUGUAGUGAGGCUGACCUCGACGUGCCAUAGCAGGAAGUGAUUAUAUUGUAAGCUAUGUGUCCAGGACUGGUUCAGUAAGCUGUACUGUACUGUAGUAGUAAAUGGCUGUGUUGUAUUCUUCCAGGACUGGGAUGUGGCUGAGAACAUCCCUGACCCUGAUGCUAAGAAGCCUGACGACUGGGACGAGGAUAUGGAUGGAGAGUGGGAGCCUCCUGUGAUCCCCAACCCAGAGUACAAGGUGUGUGUUAAGCUGGGCUGGGGGGGGGGGGGGGGGUGAUCAGACUAUACCAGUGUUCCUCAACUCCAGUCUUCUUGCCCAUCACAAGUGCACCUAAUUCAACUGAUCAAAGGCUUGAUAUAAGUAGUUGAAUCAGGUGUGCUAGUGUGGGGCUAGGGCAAAAAUGUCCGAUGGGUGGUACUCAAGGACAUUAGUUAUAAUAAUAAUAAUAAUAAUAAUAUGCCAUUUAGCAGAUGCUUUUGUCCAAAGCGACUUACAGUCGUGUGCAUACAUUUUUACGUAUGGGUGGUCCCGGGGAUCGAACCCACUACCCUGGCGUUACAAGCGCCAUGCUCUACCAAUUGAGCUACAGAGGACCACUUAGUUGAGAAACACUAUACUAGCCUACGGAGGGGAUGUGUUAUCAAACUGAACCAAGAGGAGUGUGUGUUUUCAGCUACGUUGUCAAUGCGACGUGCUUAGCCAGAGGGGUAUUCAAGACCGCAACGUUGGAGAAACGUGUUAUUCUUGAAAGGGAAGUUCUAGCAACAUUUUUGCAACAGCUUGUGUUGCCAUUCAGUUUUUGUGGAAUGGAGGAAGUUGUCCUGAAAUAAUGCCACACAAUUCGGACCGUUUAUGUUGCAAAACUGGCUACUGUAACCCAAAAAAAAAAAAAAAAAAAAGAAGGCUUUUAAAAUGGUGUCAGAGACUUAAACAAUAACCUUUAUGUUGUGCAACUGGCUGAGGCAAGUUGAGGAAGACUCUUUAGGCCUUUUCACACUGCAUUGUUCUUAGCCCCAGGGGCUAGCUUAGCCUGUGUUCGCACAAGCAUUUUUUUUUUUACCCUGGGCCAAGAUUUAGCCCUGGGCUAAGUAUUCACACGUAUUCCAAAGCCCUGGGCUAACGGACAAACGCAACAUGCGACCAACAUUUUUAUUUGGCAUUUCAGUCAUUUAGUAGACGCUCUUAUCCAGAGCAACUUACAGGCGCAAUUAGGGUUAAGUGCCUUGCUCAAGGGCACAUUGGCAGAUUUUUUUUUUAACCUAGUCAGCUCAGGGAUUCGAACCAGCAACCUUUCAGUUACUGUCCCAAAGCUCUUAACCGCUAGGCUACCUUUUUAUCUCUGACACGCGACGAAUGUUACAAGCAAUAAGACAUUUAUUAACCCGAUUUCCUCUUGCUUCUGGCCUAGCAUUUGAUUUCCAACAGUGAUGGUUUGUAUAAGCCUUGCUGUCUGACCUCGGAAACAAUGUUUCACUUUUGAAAUGCCAUCUCGCCCCUGUACACGGAGAACGAGAGCAACUUUUCUGAUCCAGGCAAAAUCCUGCAACAAUAUUCUUAUCGUGACUAUAUCCAAUUAAAUGUCAAUAUAAAACCUAUGAAAACAGACAAAUGGAGUGUUUGCUGCCCUUCCAGCUGUAGAGUUUGUAGCUUUAGUUGGCUAAGUGAGAAGACAUUAGCCAGCCUGCAUAGCAACCACUUUUGUUAGGCGUAGCAACCAAUGUUUUUGCAUGGAUGAAAUAGUGCAGAACACAUUACAGGCAUCAGCUGCAUAUUCAAAUAAAUUUCAGUGCAGCUUUUGUGAUUGGACAGUGAGCAUUCUAGGCAUUGUUCUUGACCCUGUUUCACACUGGCUAUUUUGGCACCGUGUUUCUGGGGCUAGCCCUGGGCAAUGGUUAAUGCUAGCCCACUUGUGAACACUCGCUAAAAUCUUCCUUAGCCCUGGGCUAAGGUGCAGGGAGAAUGCGCCUUUAAAACAAUGGCUAAGACCUUUAAAAGCAACAACCUUGCAUUGUGUCCUCAGGGAGAGUGGAAGCCCAAGCAGAUUGACAACCCCAACUACAAAGGAGCCUGGGUCCAUCCUGAGAUCGAUAACCCAGAGUACGCCGCUGACUCUACCAUCUACAAGUUUGAUGACAUCAGUGUCCUGGGUCUGGAUCUGUGGCAGGUGAGACUGCACACCGCAGAAUUGAAAUAGAACAUCAUAUAUUGUACAUAGAUGCUACGUAUUUCUAAUAUGAUAUAUUUAAUAAAAUAUAUGCAUCUCAAUGGUGGACACCUGUGAGAAACUUUUAUAUUUGUACGUUCACAAGUUUUACCUGACCAUGUGACCUUGCCAAGAAACUCCUGAGGGGUAUACUACAAAGGAAGCUAGAUCAACUCAGGGUCUUCUAAAGCUAGCAAGCUUCAGUUGGCUUACUACAAAGCAGGGUGAAUUACAUUUGACAUUCUAGUAAUUUAGCAGACGCUCUUAUCCAGAGCGACUUACAGUUAGUGAGUGCAUACAUUUUUCAUACUGCCCCCCCACCCCGUGGGAAUCGAACCCACAACCCUGGCGUUGCAAGCGCCACGCUCUACCAACUGAGCUACACGGGACCAGCUUUUUUUGUCUUUUUUUUUAAAAUAUUUUUCUUUUUUUAAGAUAAGCUUGAAAUGGGAACGAUCUAGCUGACUCAACCAAAAAACACACAUCGAAGUUUAGCUUUAUUAGUGAGCCAGAACAUUAGUGGUUAUUUCUGGCUUAUCAAAGGACCCAGAGUAGAUCAAGCUUCCUUUGUAGUAUACCCUUCUGGCCCUAUGACUAUCUAGAGUAAUGCUAAUGGUAGAUAGUAGAGCCUUUUCCUGGUCAGGUAAAAUGUUAUCAAUGUAGAUAAAACAAUACAUCUGAUCAGAUAAACUCAUGAUGUUGGUGUUUUAUCUUUUUUCAGGUGAAAUCUGGCACAAUCUUUGACAACUUCCUGAUCACAGAUGAUGUGAAGGAAGCAGAGGAGUUUGGAGCUGAGACAUGGGGUGUUACUAAGGUAUGUAAUAACUAUACUGUGUUUAACUGGAUGGCCCUCUCCGCUGUUCUCCUAUGAGUGUUUACCUGUCGGUCACUCACACAGGAGUGUACUGUACAUUCCCAGUACUAACACACCUGAAUCAAUUCAUCAACUCCUUGAUUAGUUGAAUCGGUGUGUCCUAGUGCUGGGCUUCAGGAGAAAUGACGAACAUGCCAACUACCACAAAAUGGCUUCCAGUUCACUGUCAAUACUAGUGCAUCUACUGUUAACACCCCUCUUUAUUGUCUACCUGCCGCAGGAGCCAGAGAAGAAAAUGAAACGGGAGGAAGACGACAAGAAACGUAAAGAGGAGGAAGGGAAAAACAAAGAACAAGCCACUGAGGAGGAGGGUGAGGAGGAAGGUGAAGAGGAGGGUGAGGAGGAAGGUGAAGAGGAGGGUGAGGAGGAAGAGACGCCAGAGGAAGGAACUGAGGAAGAGGAGGCUCCAGGGAAAGAUGAGCUAUAG